AUGUGCUUCUCACCGCUUGAAGUGUUCAACUCACUGGUCAUGAUACUCGUCGGCGCCAAAGGCACCUCGGAGGCUCAGCUCGAAGAGACACUCUGUCUGCGCAACUUCAACUGCCAGGCCAAGUUUCAGGAGCUGAUGGACCUGCGCGAGUGGAUCAUCAAGAGUAACCACGACAUUAUGGUUUACGGAACCUUUAUCUACAUUGAUGACCGCGUCCAGAUUCAGCCCAGCUACCUGUCCAAGCUCAAGGACAUUUUUGAAAUUAAACCAAAACGCGUUAAUUUCAGCAACCUCGAAGAGGCUGUCAAGAUUAUCAACAAGGACGCCCAUGAGAUUACCGACGGCGUCAUUCGCAAUGUCAUUUGCAUGAACGACAUCAAGGGUGACCCCAAUGUGCGCCUGGUCAUUUCCAAUGCCAUCUUUUUUCGCGGGUACUGGCACUUUAAAUUUGGAGACAUUCACAAGGAGGACUUUAUCUAUUCAAAGGGCACCAAGUCUGCCAAGGUGGACAUGAUGUCUCACGUCGGCUAUCACCGCUUUUUUCGUUGUGAGGAGCUAAAAGUGCAAGCAGUCUCUAUUGCGUACGCUGCCAGUGAGAUUCGCAUGGUCAUUCUGCUGCCUGAUGAAAUCAACAGCGAGGUCAUUUACCUCAUUGACAAGCUGAGUGCCCUCAAAAUGACCGAACUUUUCGGACAGCUGCAGUCACGCCCCAAAUCGCUCACCGAGCUGAUUAUUCCUCGCUUCGCUCUGGACGCUCACAAAGUGUCACUGCAGCGAUCGGUAAAGCAGAUGGGCGCCAAAUCCAUCUACGACAAUGAUGCCGCUCAGCUGACUGGCAUUGCCAGCGACCGCGUUCACCUCACCAAGCUCGUCCACAAGGCUUUUAUUCUGGUGGAUGAGCGUGGCUCACACACUUCUUCGGCUCGCCAGGAGGAGAGUCUCUUCAAGGAGUCGCUCAGUCUNUUUCGCUCUGGACGCUCACAAAGUGUCACUGCAGCGAUCGGUAAAGCAGAUGGGCGCCAAGUCCAUCUACGACAAUGA